UGUGGUCACAAGGCUUCUCCAUGUUCUAAAGACACAAAAACAGAGUCAUCAUAAUCAUGAGUCGCAGUUCGUGGUUGCAUGUAAAUAACUCUGCAUCAUCAUCAUCAACCACUAACAAUAAUAAGAAGCUCAAGGGUGUUAGGCGUCGAAAGUGGGGCAAGUGGGUUUCGGAGAUUCGUGUUCCGGGCACCCAAGAGCGUCUCUGGUUGGGAACCUACGCCACGCCGGAAGCAGCUGCGGUGGCUCACGACGUCGCCGUUUAUUGCCUGAAGAAACCUUCUUCAUUGGAGAAGCUUAACUUCCCUGACACCUUGUCUUCUUAUCAUCACUGUCUUCAGCAGAGAGAGGAUUUGUCACCAAGGUCCGUUCAGAAGGUCGCUUCAGAUGUUGCCAUGGAUGUUGAUGCGCGCAACAUUAAUGGGAGAUCAACAACGCUCACUACCACCACCAGUACUGUUGCAGUAACAGAAACUAGUAGUGGUAGUUAUUGUUCCGACGUGUUACCUGAAACUGGCGCAGGUAUGAACAGUUAUGAUGUUGGAUUUGGAGGAGAUUCUUGGUGGCAAGGUUUGGGUGAUGGUAAUGGUGAAACAACUUUCCAAGAAAGUAGUAGUGAAGAUCAUCAUCAUGGUGGUGGACAAGGAGAUCAGCCAUUGAGCAUUUCUGUUGAAGAUUAUCUUUAGUUUCAUCAUC